AUGAAUGUGAUAUCUCCUGCAACGGUACCAAAAGUUGGAACCGUCCUGAUGCUUCACGGAUGGGCUCAAAAUGCCAAAGUCAUGCGAUCCCGCUCCAAAUCCUUGACCAAGAAACUGAAUCAGGCUGGAUACGAUUGUCUGUUUUUUCAGGCUCCUAUCGAAUUGCCCAUGGUCAGUACCAUUAUGAUUGAAGGACAGCCUGUUUUGAUCACAAAUGGUGGACGCAAGGGUGCCAUGGCUUGGUUCUUGUAUAGCCAAGAAGAUCCAGGCGACACUAGUUCCAUGCUGACUGGGGAACGAAUUGAGUAUGUUGGAUUGGAAGAAUCCAUCAACAUGAUGCAACAAGAACUUACCAAUAUUUUAAAAGCAAACGAGGACGAACAGAUUUUUCUAUUGGGGUUUUCGCAAGGGGCCGUCUUGGCUCAUAUUUUGGCAUCCUAUUGUACGAUUGCACCAUUCAACAAGAUACGAGGCUUUGUCUUGGUGAGUGGAUUUCCUGCCACACCUCUGCAACGACCCAUGGUGGUGGAUGCUAUCGCUGUCGCAGAGAACAGUAGUGUUGUCGAUGAAUCAUCUGCUUUUCAGGAGAUUGACAGACCCUCCUUGCAUGUCAUUGGUCGCAACGAUACGAGUGUUCCACCCUCACACAGUGACAAAUUAUUCCAGUGCUUUGUCCAUGGAAGAAAACUAGAGCAUGAAAAGGGACAUAUAUUAAUCCAACAAAGUGCUCAAUGCGCAACAAUAAUCCAAUUUUUGAACGAGUGUUAA